AUGGCUCGACGCGCGCCAGAAUCUGUUGCCCCUCCUUCUCCUCCUAAACGUGUUACUCGAGCACGGACGCGAAAUGCCGUGGUAAAGGAAGACACAUCAAAUUCGACAGCUCCAGCGACAGGAGUUACAGCCGCACCCAAGAGAGGAAGACCGAAGAAGCAAGUAACAGCGGCAGCUGAUACAUCUUUAAAGACAAACGAUGCCACCAAGCUUAGCGUAUCUACUACGGCUCCUCCUAAAAGAAGGCCAGCUAAAUCGAAACCUGUCAAACCUAAGGACGAAAGCGAAUCAAGUGAUGAUGAAAUGAAUGUUGUAAUGCUUCAGAAGGCUACUAAAUCUAGAGCUACAAAGACACAAGCCCAGUCCACGGGAAGUACAAAAAUCAACAAGUCUAAGGAAAACAAUGUGAAUGAUGACCUGGAUGAUAAAGACGACGACGAUGAGCUUGCACAAACGAAGCAAAGUAAUGUACGACCAAAGAAGACCAAUCUGUCCGCAGCUAGGAAGAAUAAAUCUACCGCAUCCGAGGUGAAGGCCAAGUCCUUAUCCUCUGCUCGAAAGAAGAGUAGUUCAACAUCCGGCACAGGAGCUAGUCGAACAGCAAAAUCUUCGUCGGCCAGCAUCGAUUCGGAUAAGGCGUCUAAAAAUUUGCCAAUCACUACGGCUUUAGCCAAAAAUAAACCAGCGGGUACUGUUAUAAAAAAGAAGGUUACCUUCCUGGAUAUUGCCGAAGAUUCUGAUAAAGAAAACCAACCUUUACCAGUACUCACUAAUAAGGGCAAACCUAAGACCGGGUUGAAAGGGAAACCGGUCCGUCGACCAACCACACCUGUGUCUUGCGACGACGAUCAAAGUUCCAGUACAAGGCCUCAAUCAAAAAAGGAGCCAUUAUCUCCCAAAAAGCCGAGCCAGUUGGCAAAAUCAACCCCAGUAGACGAUUCGAAUAAUUUUCGCACUACCAAAGAACAUACUGAGAUUAGAGAUGGUCCAAAAACACCGCAGAGGUCACCUAUGAAGCAACUAUCCCUAGGCCCGUCUCUCACCUCCCCGGCAAAAAAGAUCGAUUUUAGUGCUUGUGGGAGCGUCACAGAAACCCCAAUAAUUGAAAAUCAAGGAGAGUCUGCUGAUGGAACUACGCCAAUGAUGCUGGAUCGUGAAUCAACUAUGAUAAUGUCCACACCAGCCCGUCGUUUACCACCAUCCCCCUUCAAAGACUGCAUGAAAGAAUCGCCCAGAAGAGCCCCUAUUACCUUUGAACUGGCAUCUAGACCCCGCAUAGGCGUCUCUUCUGUUACUAAAGCUUCUCCACUAAAAGAAUCCCCCCGAAAGGGGAAGGUGAUGGUAUUACCUCCACAGAGCUUAAUUAUCAAUGCUGAGUCGCCAAGCAAAGAGAAACCGUCAUAUCUGCAAUCUCCAGCGAAAAGAUUAACAUCGCCAUCAAAGCAGUUUCCACCAACGCCCAUAUAUAGACAAGAACUUUGCGGAAGACAAGAUGUGGCUCCAGGAACCAAGGCGCUUGACGAGACUGUUGAAGAUUCAGUACUAAUGCGAAAGGAUGAGGGAUCCAAUAGCGUUGUUAUGGACUCUAUUGACUACGAUACAGUAGAGGAGAUAAUCGAGGAAGAGAUGCCGUUUGAUAGCCCGCCUAAUGCCUUAGAUGCCGAAACGCCACGUUCGACUGCCCGGGCUCAGCUACCUAUACAAGUGGAUGACCCUUUUAUUAGUCCGUAUUCAUCUUGCAAUUCUCCCGUCCGUGAGUACGAAGUAUCAAGUCGGAGUUCUAGUGCUAUGUCCAUUCGAUGCUUUGCGGAAAUUCCUCCCCCUGCCCCUUCUCCCCCAGCAUUUGGUCGCGAAUACCCGCAACAGUUUGGCUACCGAGAUAACUCGGGGGAUGGAGAAUCCGAUGCCGAACCAACAAUGAUAAUAAGCCCAAUUAGAGGCUCAAAUAAAAGACAGUCCAUCAGGCUAGUAAAUGAAACUGAUGAUUUUGAGGAUGAAACGACUUCGCAAAGUGGUCAAGAGUCAAAUAUUAGCUUUACUCCCUUGGUAAACAAAUUAAACCAGUGGAAACCAGGUACCGAAGAAAGAAAAUACCCACGCCGUAGAGGUGUUUUCUCGUUGUCUCCCAACGAACAAAUUGACAUUGAAAUCUCACGCCGCUCCCUUGACGACAGAAAGUCCUGCGGUCAAUUGUCUCACAGAUCUAGACGGUCAAAGAUUAUUGAAGUAUCUGAAUGUGAAGAUGCCACGGUCAUUCAUGACUCGGACAUUUCCAUGGACGAUGAUUUGUCAAGUGAAGGGUGUAAUUUUUCUAUCUUGGAAGAUGCCGAAGAUACCAUCCUCGAGGAUGUCUAUAGCGAACUGAAUGACUGUGAAAAUCUAGCUUCUGACUCGCAGAACUAUUCUGCGAAUGAUGACUUAGUUCUCCAAGAACAAACAAUUACGAUAAACGCAGCCAUGUUUGAAGAGCCACAACAUGAUACAACUUCGUCACAGUGUCAACUACCUGUGCUCCCGAUGUCAGUGACACCUGUACGAUCUGGUCCACGUUACCCUCGCACAAUUCAUACAGUCUCCAAAAUUCCAUUGAAAACCGAGGAUGGCUCUCUCCGAAUUCCCAGGAAAAGGGCUCGCUCUUUUUCUUCAAGCGCUAGCCCACUAACCGCCUUUACUAUCCCAACGAUUAACAAGAGCAGAGCCUUACCUUCAUCUAGCAAAGACCGAAGCUCGGUUAGACCUUCGAUCCCCACAGAUCAGAUUGAUGAGAAGCCCCCUUCUUCAUAUUCGUCUCCUGAGAAGUCGAGAUUAGCAUCGCCUUCUAAAACUCGAAGUCCCUCCAAAUCUCCACAAAAACAACCUUCGGGGAAUAUUUGUGUGCUCCAAGGCGCAGUUGUUUAUGCCGAUAUUCAUACAAAAGAAGGGGCCGAUGCUAGUGGAAUAUUCGUGGAGCUGCUCACGCAAAUGGGUGCUCGAUGUGUGAAAUCGUGGAACUGGAACCCUCGAACAAGUUUAUCGCCUGUAGAUGGCGUUGAACCAAAGGAGAGCAAAAUUGGCAUUACACAUGUCGUAUUCAAGGACGGCGGUGUCCGAACGUUGGAGAAAGUUAGACAGGCAAAUGGUGUCGUUAAAUGUGUUGGGGUCAACUGGGUACUUGACUGCGAAAGAUCCAAUAAGUGGCUGGAUGAAGUCGAAUACGCCGUGGAUACUUCCAUGAUUCCUCGCGGUGGUCAAAAACGGAGAAAGAGCAUGGAGCCCAGAUCCCUUGGCAAUUCCAACGGAACAGUUGUAGCUCUAGACUCAUCCACUUCUUCUGCCAGCAGCAUCGAUUCGGAAACCAUGCAAGAAUUUAUGAGACUUUCUCGAAGCCCCACACCACGAUCUUCAAGGGAUAGUUCUGUGGAAUCUGAGCAACAUGAACUUGAGGAUGUUUUUACAACUCCCAAACCCCGACAAGAAGCAAGACCCUCAAUGGGGCCGAUCCAGCCGCCGGAAACACCGGGAUACGUCUACAGCUAUGAUUAUGACCCCGCGACAGCCAUGUCGCCAACUACACCUUAUUACUUGUCCCAAGGAGCAAAGCUCGUCCAGCAAACUUGCCCACCAAAGCAAUUACGUCAAGGCUUAUUUUCGGCAACCGAAAGUUGCGAUUCAGAGCGGAGUGAGUCUCUAAAAAUCCGCCUUGAAGCAGCGAGGAGGAAGAGUUUAAUCUGGAAACCCAAAAUUGGUAGUCCCCUGGGCAGGAUGUAA